AUGUCAAGACCUCCAUCUGCGACAGACAAUACCUGGUCAGGACCCCUGGUGACACCUGAUGCAUCUGCCCAAUAUGAUUGCUCUGAAGGGCCUGACCUCCCUCGCGACCAGCAGCGGCGCCACAACGAUGCUCGGAGCCAGCUCAUACAUCAAGAUGCCCAGCAAGCUCCUUCGCCUUCCCGCGCCGAAUCUCCCACGGCUCAUCAAUGGGCCAAGCCCGCUCCCACCUUUCCUCUAAAACGGCCCACCGCAGCCCCCGUGGAGAGACUCUCCCGUCCCGAUCGCUCUCACAGUCCACAAUUGUCUGAGAGAGAUAGCAUCUUCGCAACGCAUUAUCUCCCCUCCGACACCGACCCUAGCACCACCCCGCGGUUGUCGCCUUCGGAAGAUACAAAUCAUGAGCCGCCAGCUAAUCUGACUCCUCUGCUUGAGGAUGUGUCUGCUUCUGCUUCUUCGGAUUCUCCUCACAAGGUCUUUCCCCGCUCUAGUUGCGUCGGCACCUCCCACAUGGAAGUUGACGUCCACAGGAAGCAUCCGUUAGACUCUCCUUCGUUGCUUCCGCCGGUAGUCCCGCAUUCUACCCCUUUGCUACCGGUAGACUCGGAUGCGAUUGUGGAUGAGCAGCCGGGGCUAGCACAUCGCAGUGCGCCAUACUCUGUUUGGGAAAGCUUGCAACCCCUUCGAAAAGUCUCGUCAGAUGGUGCUGCUAACAAGCCGGCUGCUUUGGUGGAUCCUCUAGCCCAUCGCAGUCUCCUGUCGGCCUCCCUUAGUGAUGCGCCUUUGCCGACCUUACCACCCUUACACUCCUCCGUCUCUUCGCCGGGCGUCCACUCCCCAGUGGCCAGUGUCGACACAACUCACUAUCCCUGGCAUAAAUCACAAUUCCAUGACGGAGCACGUGAGACAAAAUUGGAACGGAGCUCGAGUCGCAGUCGGCGUGGCAGAGUUGAGCAAUCGAUAGAAGCCAAUUUGACCAAUGCGGAGCCCGCAUCUCAUGUGCGCAGCCGUAAGUCAAGUCAUUACUUGGGAUUGUUCAAAGAAAAUACUACCUCGCCCGAUCGUAAACGAAGAGAGGAACGUGCAGGAAGACACGACGAUUCCGCAGAGCUCCACGAUUCACACCGCUUGAUCACGCAUUCGGAGCCUCGUUUCUCUCUGGAGCAUUGUGAUUCCCCGUUGCCACUUCCAUCUCCAACAGAAAAUGGGGAACUUGCGACUUCCAAGAGUUUGUCGCAGCUGUCGCUCGCUGAUACUCCACUGAUUUUGCCAAGGAUAGAGAGCGAGACCAGUCAGGCAAUGCAUGGUGACAACGUCAUUAAGUCGAAGCCACGGGCUCUACCUCGAAGUCUUCUAGAGGAGAUCCGCAACUUUCAUUUGACACCCGGAGGAGCCCGUGGCACUUCGUUUUCACGAAGCAUUCCUACCCAAUUUGCUGAAAGAGGGCGAGACUAUUUCUCUAAGGACCAUGGAAGCCACGGCGGUUUGGGCUCACACCUGUCUACAUCCGAUUCAGAUCGGGAACAGCGUCGUCCAUUGGAAGAGGAAGAAGAUGAACAGAUAUCGUCGGCCGUCUAUUUCCCACAUGAGCGGGUCACGGUAUCAGAAGAGGUCGAUUCCAGUCCGCCGUAUACGGAGGGCCAUCGUGGGGCAGCGCCUAUUGACAUCUCAACCGCGCAGAAUGGCCACGUCUUGAUGCCUAAGAGACAUGUUUCUGAUGAGCCAGAAGGUAAUCAUGUGGACAUAUCUCUUCGCUCUAAAAAUGAAAGUAGAAUCCUGCACGGCGACCUCCAAGGCAUACCAAAUGCUCCAAUAGAAGAACUUAAUGAAGAGUCUCUUGCUUCCAUUCCCGAGCGCAACAAUGAUUAUUAUUCGACAUGCGAAUCCGAGUUUGCAUCUGCCGACGAUAGUGGCCUGUCAAUUCGGGAUGAGGAAUCGAGCUUGACGGACGAAGCUGAUGUCACACCCACUGCCACCCCGACCCAGGGCCCACGAUUCCCACGUGCGCGACGCAAGCAUUGCAAUGCUGCACCCCUCGGAGCAGUGGAGCUCAAACCUUAUCGUCAUCAAGUGGGUGGACAUACGACCGUAUUCCGAUUUUCCAGACGGGCUGUAUGCAAACAGCUCAAUAAUCGGGAAAAUGAAUUCUACGAGCGUAUCGAGCGCAGGCACCCUGAAAUGCUGAUGUUUUUGCCGAGAUACAUCGGCGUUCUCAAUGUCACUUUUUCAAAGACACCAAAGCGAUCCAAGGAAUCAUCCAUGACCAACGGAGAACACAGAGAUAUCGAACAUGCUGUGAGCAAUUCCAACGUUGCUGACAGUAAAGACUCGAUGGCAGCAAGUAGCUCAUGCCCUUCUAAAGACACUGAUCAACCGCGGAUCUUCAGCCAAAAGCAAGUCACCGGCAUUAUACCGCAAGUGAUACUGGAAAACAAUAGACAUAUUAUUCCAGCAGAUCUCUUCUCCCACUAUCAGCGCCCAAGAACUGCAGAUGGGUCAAUGACUCAGCGGCGCUUCUCAAACGAAAUCGAAUCCAUUUCGGACAGAUUGAACGGACAUGCGUCCUUAGCUGAUGGUCCGCUAUCCCCCCAGGCGCUGAAGAAAAAGCAGUGGGGUGCUACGACCGUCAACAGACAGUUGCAGGAGCAAGUCUUACGUGAGGUGUUUAGCCCCCCUGCUAUUCACCACCACCGACGUCAUGCACGUGGUCAUCUGAAUUUGCCAAGGACGUCUUCGGAUGGCAUCCGCCGCAGGGUCAAUCUCUCGGAAGACCGAACUCUAAGCCGUCGCACUGCUUCCGUUGAAGAUGCAUCGGCCCACUCUGCUGGCAUUGAGAUCUCCAAACAAACAGGUGAUGGGCUCGGACUGUCUUCAUCGGCGUCUACGGCUUUGGAUGCGGGCCAGAAUCGACUUGAGAAGGUCCGAACCGAGGAGACGCCCCCACGUGCUAGCUCGCUCUCGCGAACUCGGCCCAUGAGACGUCGCCGUUCUGGGAGCGGGCUGCAGAGACGGGGGAGCCUAGGCUCCGGAAAAGGAGGAGGCGAGCUGCUAUUCUUCGACGACGAUGGAUACGGGGGCGACAAAGAAGAUGGUGUCUUUCCAAUGGAAGGCGAUGUAUCUUUGAAAUCGCCAUCAAGACAGCGAGUUGCCGAAGAAUUCGGGCCACUUCUUCCCCAACCAAAGACUGCUAUCGCUUCCAAGCCUGCCGAUCAGGUUUCGAACGAUUCCUUGGGCUUGGAUUCCAGGCAUGAUGAUCAUGCACUGCUCCCCUCUAAUCCCAAGGAGGCGCAGACGCGGAAAGACGACAGGGUCCAAUUCUUCCUUCUGCUAGAGGAUUUGACUGCGGGCAUGAACAAGCCCUGCGUGUUGGAUUUGAAGAUGGGAACGCGUCAAUAUGGCAUUGAGGCUGAUGAUAAAAAGCGAAAGUCGCAGAGACGCAAGUGCCAAUCCACUACUUCUCAGCAGCUAGGCGUGCGCUUAUGUGGCAUGCAAACAUGGAAUGUGAAGAAACAAGAGUAUUCCUUCGAGGACAAAUACUUUGGUCGCGAUCUAAAGGCUGGUCGAGAAUUUCAGGAUGCUCUUACGCGUUUCCUUUACGAUGGUGCUAGUCAACGGAGUGUGACAAAGAAAAUCCCUGUUAUUCUCGAGAAAUUAGCGCGAUUGGAGAACAUGAUCAGAAGACUCAAGCGGUAUCGCCUUUAUGCCAGCAGCCUCUUGAUUCUCUACGAUGGUGACCCGAACCCCGCGGAUAAAGGUUCUCAGAUCAACGGUCGAUCGGGCUCCGGUACCAUGCGAGAAAAUUUGCAACGCCGGAGCUCUGAUGAUGGGUAUCCAGAUGUUCAGCUGAAGAUCGUGGAUUUCGCGAACUGUGUCACAGGGGAGGACGAAAUCUCGCCCAAUGCUCCCUGUCCGCCGCAGCAUCCCGAUGACAUUGAUCGUGGCUAUCUGCGCGGUCUUCGGACUCUACGAAUGUACUUCCAACGGAUCUUGAAAGAGGUCAGCCAAGAUGACUAUGUCGAAAGAGGCGAAGGUGAGGCCAUCGCCCUUGGCUCUCGCCACUCAGAUCAAGACGAAUCAUCAGAGCGGUACUGGGACGAGAACGUCAUGGAGAGUGACCCCGGUGAAGUCAGCUUCUAA